AUGGAAGAGCUUAGUUUUAUUCCGGAUAUCCCGAACGGGCCUCUAGAUGUGUAUAGAAAUAGCGCUACAUUCGAUUGGAAACGAUUUAAGCUGUCCUUGGAAGGAGAUAAGGAACUGUUAAAACUUAAGUACAAAAUAUGGCAGACCCUAGAGAAGGACCCUCUCUUUGCCCACAACACUGUGUCCCCAUCGGUAGAGGAGCAGAAACGCAUCACGCAGCUUCAAUUGAAGAGAAUCAAUGAAUACAAAUUCCUUACCAAUGAGAUGUUCAAAUCCAGUUAUAGUAAAAGAACCCGAGCUCUCAUGACGAUAAACGAAGCAGUCCAAUCUCUCAACCCCAGUCUCUCCGUCAAGAUGGCGAUUGGCAUCUACCUGUUUUCCAAUGCUUUGCUAUCACUGGGCACUGAACGUCAUCUGAAAUUUUAUGAAGCCACCAUUCUUAACAGAGAGAUUUUGGCAAGUUUCGCACUAACGGAAGUCGCGCACGGGUCGGACGCGCGUCUGAUGCGGACCACGGCGACGUACGACCCCGCCCGCCGGCAGUUCGUCAUCCACACACCGGACUUCGAGGCCGCCAAAUGCUGGGUUGGUAAUCUAGGUAGAACAUGCACCCAUACACUGCUGUUCGCGCAAUUGAUUACACCGGACGGUAAGAAUCACGGACUGCAUGGCUUCGUGGUGCCCAUCCGGGACCCUGACACGCUGGAGACCUAUCCUGGACUCAUAGUCGGAGACAUGGGGGAGAAGAUCGGCGUCAACGGAAUUGAUAAUGGGUUCAUAAUGUUCAAUCAAUACCGGAUACCGCGGGAUAAUCUCCUGAACAGAACAGCAGACGUCACAGAAGAUGGAGUCUACGAAAGCUCCUUCUCGGAACCGUCCAGGAUAUUGGGCGCUGCGCUGGAGAAUCUAUCAGCUGGUCGAAUAGGCAUAAUGCAAGAGAGUUGCCACACAAUAUCCAGCGCUGUUGCUAUUGCAAUAAGGUACGCGGCGACACGCAAGCAGUUCGGCGAGCGAGACAACGAGAUACCACUGAUCGAGUACGAGCUCCAUCAAUGGCGACUCUUUGGGUACGUCGCCACAGCUGUCGUGUUCCGUAUAUACAUAGAGAGCUUCACAAGGAUCUACCUGAAUAUCGUCGAGAAGUCCAAUGCCGGCCUUAAAGUUGAUGACUUGAGUGAGGCGGUUUCAGAGAUCCACGCGAUGGUGUCCAGCUCGAAGCCGCUGCUCACGUGGACCGUGCUGGAGGCGGCGCAGCAGUGCAGGGAGGCCUGCGGGGGCCACGGCUAUCUGAAGUGCGCGAACCUGGGAGAUCUUCGCAGCCACCACGAAGCAACAGUGACUUACGAGGGCGACAACAGUGUUCUGUCGCAGCAGGCCGGCAACUGGCUACUCCGGCAGCACGCAGCCGCUCAGCAGGGUAACACCGUCGAUUCCCCGUUAGGAACCGUCAGCUUCCUUACGGACAGUCGCAACCUGCUGAGUGAAACCUUCCGCUGCACCACCACUGAUCAGCUCAAGACCCCACAAUUCAUAACGUCAACAUACAAAUGGUUGCUAUGCUGGCUUCUAAAGCAAACGCAAGAGAAAUAUGAAUCGGAAAUAGCAAAAGGCCUAUCUAAAUUCCAAGCGAAAACCAAAUCACAAGUGUACCGUUGGAAGAUUCUAACCAGGGUGUACGCAGAGUACUUAGUAAUUAUAUUCAGUUUGGAAUCUAUAGAGAAAAAAGAGCGGGAACUGCAGCCGGUACUGUACAAACUAUUCACUCUAUAUGGUCUAUGGUCGCUGGAUAAGCAUUUGGUGGAAUUGUACCAGGGUGGGUUUGGAUCUGGUGAAGCGUUGGCGCGGCUCCUGCGUGGUGCUGUACUGGAACUGUGCAGAGACUUGAAGAGUGAAGUUGUGAGGGUGGUAGAUGCUCUGGCGCCGACAGACUUCGUGUUGAACUCCGUUUUAGGCAAGAGCGAUGGCAAUCUGUACCAAAACAUGCAGAAAGCAUUCUUCAACAACCCCGGCGCGUUCGAGCGGGCUCCAUGGUGGCGCGAGGUAGUACCACCAUCCAAACUAUAGUCAGACGUAAUAUUCUACAUAAUUGGAGGCCUCUAAUGCAGUGCAGUGAUCAAGCUGACUGCUACUCACGAAUGACCCAGGUUUGAUUAUCGGUUCAAUCAGUUUAGGAUAUAACUUCUAAAUUGGCUGAUGAUUGUGUCCCAUACACAGGGUAUGUUAGUUCGAAGGCAUCGACAUAGUAAUCUGAAAAGGAGAUUGUAAAACUGUUUGUGAAACUGGAAAUGGGUUAUAUUUACAAUUGUAAAGUAGUUACAUGACAUUUCUUGCCCAGAAAUGUGAAGGUCGACCUGAUGUGGUAUAUCGUUUGCAAUGGGACCCUUAGGCCCCAUUACUAAAACCCCUUGAUGUUUUUGAUUACUAUGUCAAUGUUGGAGCAGAAAGAAAUUGUGUAUUUUGCAAAUAUUGUAAAUCAGUGCUAACAGUGGGAUGAUUAAGGUCAGAAUAUAUCGUAACUUGUUCUACAUAUUAAAUAAAUAAAAAAAAACUUCUGUAACUAUUUACGCAUGCCAUACACAAACUAGUAAUUAAGUCAACACUACAUGUAUAUAUCUGAACUUCUUGCAGGUCAUAGUAAUUGUAAUUAAAUAGAGAAUUUCUUGUUGGUCGCUCAAAUAACUGAAUAAAAAUAUAUGCUGUAGAUUUCUGUAAAAAUAAUGUCAAUCAUGGUGGUUAUCAGAUAUAAACUGCGAAACUACUUAAAUAAUUAUUAUAAAAUUAAUAAACUAAGGUCCAACUUAAUAGUUAUAAUAGAUUUUAUUGACCUCAACUAUUGGGCACAGUAAAUGACGUAGAGACAAGUUUUUACUUAAUUUUAAUUAAAUAUUCAUAAUAAUACCUCAGGAUAAUUCACACAGCGCAAUCUAAUCCCACGCUAGGCAGAGCUUG